CUAGUUCUGUUGACAGCGGCUAGGGCAGUGGUAAGUUCUAGAAAAAGAAAGUAACAGAAAUCUAGGGAGAUCUCUUCAAUAUCUUCUUUGUCUCAUAAACAACAGGAAGGACUUCGUCAAAUUACCCGUUUUUCUUCGUUUCACCUCUCAUUUACGCUUCUGAAUUGUUUCGAAUUGCGACAUUUGGAAGAGUUGACUUUGUUUAUGAAUUGGAGAGUGUUCAUCAGUUUUAACUUUUAAGUGAGUUUAUUGUUAUGAAUUCUCCUGAACGAGUUGACCUGGAUAGACGGCAUGUGAGGAGGGAUAUAGAUGACACAUCAGAUGUGAAGAGUGGUGAAGAAGAGUGGGAUAGUGAUGAUAAGAGGAAACAUAGAUCAAGAAGGCAUAGGAAUGGAGAUGAUGAUGUUGAUGAUGAUGAUGGAGGGAACAAAGUUGAUGGCCGAAAGAGGUCAGGUAACUCGCACAGGUUAGCUAGUGAUGGAGAUGAUCAUGGAGUUAGUGAGAAGCCGCGUUCGAAGCAGAUGAAGAGGAAAUCUGAUGAGGAUACAUUGGGAGAGUUGAGCAGUUGGUACAAUGAUGGGGAGCACGAGAUUAGGAAUGAUAAUGGAGCUCAUCGAAUUGAAAGAGAAAAAGCAAGUUCGGGUUUUCUAGAGCCUGGGGGUUCCCAGAGCAGAAUGAGAGGCAAACACGAUAGGUCUCUAGGUGAAGACAAUGAAAGUAAAGAAGAGAGAGAUUCAAGACCAAGUGAAAGGAGAGAGUAUAUUGGGGAAAAGGAUCCCGAACAUUCUGAGCUAGGUGGAAACUCCAGGAGAAGGUGGGAUCAGCCAGAGACAAUUCUGGACAGGUCUGAUGGUAGGAGCAGUGGAGAAAGAGGUGCUCUAGAUUCAAAGGAUAGCAGAAGUGUAAGAGCCUAUGAGAGGGAUGAUAGAGGUGCAAAUAGUAGGGGUAGGUCAGAACCUCCAGAAGAAGAUAAUAGAAGGCGCCAUCAUGAAUUAGAGCAAUCAGAGUUAGAAUAUGAGCGAGAAGAUUCUUUCAAGAGGGGAGAAAUUGGAAAAGACAGGGAUAGAGAUAUGGAUCACUCUAAGGAUAGACGGAAUAGAAGGCAAUCUCGUGAUAGGGUCGAUGAAAGGCUUCAGAGCCGUUCUUCUGGUGGAAGAAAAGAAGGAAAUAGAACUGAAGCUGUGAAAACAUCAUCAUCAAAGUAUGGGAUUUCACGUGAGAACUACGACGUGAUAGAGAUCCAGACAAAGUCUUUUCCUUAUUCGAGAGAUGAUUCUGGAUCCACUUUUCCGAGGAGGAAAGAAGUUGUUCAUCAAUCUGAGUUGUUGGGGCCUAAUAAUGAUUCAACAUACCCACCAGAGGAUGGAGUUGGGAAACUUGAUACUGAAUCUGCAACAUCAGUUGAUGACAGUAGCAUUGACAUUCAAGCAGGGAAUGCAAAAAGCCAGCAAGAUGUACUUUAUCGUUCUAAUAGUGGUCAGAACUCCGGUAGUGGCAUUCAGGAUACAUCAUCUCCCUUCGAUAGAGCUCGUCAGCAGGGAGUUAAAGUAGUGGGUAGAGGUGGAAGAGGGUGGAGUAGUAGGCCUCCUGGCAGAGAUGCUCAACCAAUUGGAGUCCCACUUCCUAUGAUGGUGCCCCCUUUUGGACCACUUGGAAUGCAACAACUGAAUCCUCACAUGCCCCCGACUGUUCCUCCCAUGUCCCCUGGUGUAUUCCUUUCACCUUUUGUACCACCUGUUGUCUGGCCUGGAGGGCGAGGUGUUGAAAUGGGCAUGUUAGGUGUUUCACCUGUUAUGCCACCCCUUUCUUCAUUACCUUCAGGACCUGGAGGAUAUCUACCCAAUAUUGGAAUCCCACAGCCACAGGCACCUUCUCCAUAUUUUAAUCAAGCUGGACCUGUAAGGGGGAUGGCUUCAAGUUCAAAUCCUCCCGGCCCUGUCUUCAAUGCUGUAGUUCAAGGAGGGAGAGCACCAGAAAAAGUUCAUGGCCAUGGUAAUUGGGUGCCUCCUAGAACCAAUGCACCUCCUGGUAAAGCUCCUUCCAGAGGAGAGCAGAACGAUUAUUCCCAGAAUUUUGUUGACACUGGGAUGCGCCCACAGAAUUUUAUCAGGGAAUUGGAGCUAACCAGUGUUGUUGAAGACUACCCUAAGCUACGAGAGCUUAUACAAAAGAAGGAUGAGAUUGUGACCAAUUCUGCGUCUGCUCCUAUGUAUUUUAAGUGUGACCUGCGCGAAUUUGAACUGUCGCCUGAAUUUUUUGGAACGAAGUUUGAUGUUAUUCUUGUGGACCCUCCUUGGGAGGAAUAUGUUCAUCGCGCUCCAGGUGUUGCAGACCACAUGGAAUACUGGAAAUUUGAGGAAAUCAUGAAUCUUAAGAUCGAGGCAAUAGCCGAUACACCAUCUUUCAUCUUCCUGUGGGUUGGUGAUGGUAUUGGCCUCGAGCAAGGUCGGCAAUGUCUAAAGAAGUGGGGAUUUCGAAGGUGCGAGGACAUAUGCUGGGUAAAGACCAAUAAGACUAAUGCUACUCCUGGCUUACGCCAUGACUACUUCACUUUAUUCCAACGAUCCAAGGAACAUUGCUUGAUGGGCAUAAAGGGAACUGUACGUCGAAGUACUGAUGGUCAUAUUAUUCAUGCUAAUAUUGACACUGAUGUAAUCAUUGCUGAGGAGCCUCCUUAUGGUUCAACUGCAAAGCCAGAAGAUAUGUAUAGAAUAAUUGAACACUUUGCACUUGGCCGAAGAAGGCUUGAGCUGUUUGGUGAAGACCACAAUAUAAGAGCUGGAUGGCUCACUGUUGGUAAAGAUUUAUCGUCUUCUAAUUUUGAUGCUAAGGGAUACAUUAAGAAUUUUGCGGAUAAGGAUGGAAAAGUGUGGCAAGGAGGGGGAGGAAGAAAUCCUCCACCGGAGUCACCUCAUCUAGUUUUGACAAAUUCUGACAUAGAGUCUCUUCGGCCAAAAUCACCGAUGAAGAAUCAACAGCAACAGCAGUCAUCAACCUCCAUUUCAAUCAACACGGGCAACAAUAAAAGACCUAUCACUGGAAAUUCUCCCCAAAGUUUUUAUGGAGGAGGGUCAGUUAUGAACUCAGAUGCUGCACCAAAUCAGUUGGUUCCACCUCCUUGGGCUCCCGCAAUGGGAAAUCUGGGCCCAAUCCCAGGCCCGGAUGGUGCUAUGGUUUCUGACAUGUAUGGAUUCGGCGGCGGGCCUUAUGUUCAACCGCCAUUACCAAACUCAGAAUAUGAGACUCACAGAGGAACUAAUUUCUUGUAAAAUACUCUCGAUUAAAUUCGUUACUUGUUGUAUUUUUAAGGUUCGACUUAAAUCUCAUAAGUAAGCAGUUGAAAGCUUAUUAAGAAGUGUACCCUUUUAGGCGUUGAACACAGAUUUACACAUAAGUUCAAAACAACAAUACUAGCUCAGAAUGCAUAUAUUUUUGUCAC